AUGGCGGCUCUACCCUGGGGUAGAUCCAAUAUGGCGGCUCAACGGUUAGAAGAAAGUGACGGAUCUAAGAUUUAUACAUCAUACUCUCUCUCUCUCAUAUUACAUUUAUUUAUUUUUGCAAUUGGUUAUAAUUUUUUUAAAGAAAAAUCAAAGUCGAGCGGGAAGGGGAAAGGUGUCAAAUGCAAACGCUGCGGUCAUGUUUGCAAUAUCAAAAGGGAAUUGAUAAACCAUAAGAAAGAGCACAGAGUUGCACACACUCAGCGAUCAUCCACAAUCUCCGAAGAGGAAAACCAACCCUCUACCUCUUAUCAGCCUCAUCCCCGAGGAGGACCAACCCUCAACAUCAUAUCAGCAGUCGCAGAGAGGAUCACCUCCGACUGGUCAUUCUGUUACAUGCAGGAAAUGUCACGAGGAGACCCAGACCCAUGGGGUGAUGACGAAAGACUUCGCGACACCUUUUUGGCAAAUAAAAACUUCAUUUUGUCAAAGGGAGAUAAGGUUCUGUAAAGAAAACUGUGAAUUAUCCAUUAGAAAAUAACGUCUCUACAGAUAAUUUAAUUGAAAUUCUUCAAAAUUCCUGUCGAACAGA